UAUAGUCGUAUGUCUACCUCUCUGCCGGCUAACUAUAUAAUCAUCUCAUCAUGCGUGCAUGGUUGCAUCGCCCAUAUCCCAGCUCUCUUACGACUAGCAAAGAUAUACGGGCACCUGACAAGAGUAACAGUACUACCCAGUAUCAACUCUACCAGGCCCAAAAGAUAAAGAGAAUUGAGCAAGAAGGAGUGAUGAACUCAACCGUCAUUCCAAUUCCUCCAAGUGCAGAAAAUGUUGAAUCCUCGUAUAAGGACGCCAAAAACAUGGGAAACAAGUUUUCGUUUCUAUCCACUUGUAGUGUUGCUUUCCGGGUCAUCCAGGAAAAAAGAUGUAGUCAGGGCAGCAUGAGAAAAGUGAUUCACAGUGUCAAGGUGGGGAUUGCCUUGGUAUUGGUCUCGCUGCUGUAUCUGCUGGAUCCGCUGUUCACUGAAGUUGGAGAAAAUGCAAUGUGGGCUAUCAUGACCGUCGUGGUUGUCUUCGAGUUCUCUGCAGGAGCUACGCUAAGCAAAGGCAUAAACCGUGCAAUCGGUACCAUAUUAGGCGGUGGAUUGGGGUGCUUGGCUGCAAUGUUGGCUGACGAGUUCGGAGGGAUAGGCAACGCAAUCGUUGUUGGCGCUUCGGUUUUUAUCGUCGGAGCGGCCGCAACGUAUUCGAGGUUGGUUCCAAGAAUUAAAAGGAGAUAUGACUAUGGCGUCUUGAUCUUCAUCCUCACCUUCAAUCUGGUAGCUGUGUCGGGGGUACGGGCCGACAAAGUGAUCAGGUUAGCCAAGCAGCGUCUGUCAACCAUUGGCAUGGGUUUUGCUGUCUGCAUUUUCACCAACUUGCUUAUUUUUCCAAUUUGGGCUGGUGAUGAGCUUCAUCGUUCUACAGCAGCUAAAUUCGACAAACUCGCACGUUGCCUUGAAGGAUGUUUGGAGGAGGAACCCAACAACAAAGCAGAAAAUCUGGGCGCCAAGGUCAAGGACUGCAAGUCAGUGUUCCACUCCAAGUCCACCGAUGAAUCACUGGCCAAUUUUGCUAAAUGGGAGCCCUGGCAUGGGAAAUUUGGAUUGUCUCAUCCAUGGGACAAGUAUCUGGAGAUUGGAGAGGUCCUGAGGGAGCUCGCCGCCUUAAUCCUUUCGCUCGGAGUGUGCGUUCAGUCAUCCAGACAGGCUGCAGCAAACCAAAGCCGCGCAAUCAGAGAACCGUGCGAAAUCAUAGGGUUGUCUCUUGCAUGGAUAUUGAGAGAGCUGGGCGAGAGCAUCUUCAACAUGACAAGGUGCCGAGCCAAGGCUUUGAUAGCACCAAAGCUGGAGUUCAUUAAACAAGAACUAAGCCGGUUGGGCUCUUCUCUGCAAAUCAAAGGACUAGAAAAAGAUGAAAAUCUUGCGAUGGCAACCUUCACUUUCCUCUUAAUGCAGAUAUCAGAAAAUGUGGAAGUAAUAGCGCAAGAGGUGGAAAAACUGGGACAGCUUGCUUAUUUUAGGACCAAGAACCCAGAUGUUUAACAUUAAUCAAUACACUUGAUUUUGGCAUCAAUCAAUAUACUUGAAAUAACAAGUAAAUCGACUGUGUGGUCAAUCCAGUGAAAUAUCACCUUUCCUCUCUCUCUGAAUUCAGGAAAAGGCGAAAAUGAAACAUAAAUAUGGCGACCCGAUGGAAGUGUGACAGUAGUGUGAUACGACGUAUUAGCUAGAAUUGUAGCACUGCAGUUGAUGCAUCAUCAUUUUUUGUUAUGUGUAAGCAACUAUUACCAGUGCCUUCAA